UCGGCUGAAUGCGGUCUGAUUCCCCAGCCCAAGCCUGGCGGCGCCCAGGAGACCUCUGGGAAUGAUCGGCCUCCAGCGGAGUGCGCAGGCGCGGAUUCUCCUGCUCGCCAUGGUCGUCUUUGUCUGCUGUAAUCAAGAGCAACAACUUCCCACUCCCUGUGGCUUCAUCCGACCCAGAUGCGCGGCACAGUUCUGUUUGGAUUGGAGGCUUGUCCUGACCUCUGGAUGCCCACGUUCAGAUGCAUAGCAGACGGCUCUGCCUGAAAGUCGCACAGGAACUUCAAAGAAGAAGCCUGGGAAGUUUGUAAACAGAUAAAGAUGCAACAUAAAAAACUUGUGAAUUAAGUCCGAUCUUUCUCAGUGAAAUAUAGACUGAGGAAAACUGUAAAAACAUAGGAAACAGGAAUGCAUUUCCUCCGAGCACAGAUAUUGAUUCUUCAAGCCUUCUGCAUAUAGGACUCAGUUCAAGAGAGUUGGGAACAUCAUUUAUACAUAAUUUAUCUUCAAAUCUAAGAGAAGCUUUGAGAAAGCCACUAAGAAUAUAAAGAGAAUGUGAUAUUUCAUCCAUUUUCAUAAUGAUCUCAUCUCUGGGAUAUCAGUCUGAAAAAUGUCUUAUAUCAUAAAUUCAAGAUUAUUAGAUACCUGAGAGUUAACAUUAGAAACUUUAAGUGAAUGUGGAAAAGGUAUCAUCCUUGUCACAUCUUAACAUUAUAGUAGGGAAUUCUCCUCGGAGAAAAUCCCUACACAUGAUCGGAAUGUUGGAAAACCUUCAGCCUGAAUCAGAUCUCCUUCAACAUGAUCAGAUUCAUACUGGAGAAAAACCUUAUGAAUGUGAUGAAUGCAGAAAAACCUUUAGCCUGAAGCAAAACCUCACAGAGCAUAUGAAGAUGCAUACUGGAGAGAAAGCGCAUGAAUGUACUGAAUGUGGUAAAGUGUUCUCUCGGGUUUCAUCUCUUACUGUGCAUUUGAAAAGUCAUACAGGGAAGAAAUCCUAUAAAUGUAAUAAAUGUGGAAAAGCCUUCAGCCAGAAGGGAAACUUACUUUCUCAUCAGAAACAUCAUACCGGAGAGAAACCUUGUGAAUAUGGGAAGGCUUCUAUUCAGGUGCCGAACCUCGUUAGGCAUCAGAGAAAUUAUGCAGGAAACAAACCUCAUGCAUGUAAGGAAUGUGGGAAAACCUUUAAUGGCAAAUCAUAUCUCACUGAGCAUGAGAAAAUUCAUACUGGAGAGAAACCAUUUGAAUGUAGUCAAUGUGGAAGAGCCUUCAGCCAGAAGCAAUACCUCAUUAAACAUCAGAACAUUCAUAGUGGAAAGAAACCCUUCAAAUGUAAUGAGUGUGGAAAAGCCUUUAGCCAGAAGGAAAACCUCAUUAUCCACCAGAGAAUCCAUACUGGAGAGAAACCUUAUGAAUGUAAAGGGUGUGGGAAAGCUUUCAUUCAGAAAUCAAGCCUCAUUAGACACCAGAGAAGUCAUACUGGAGAGAAACCCUAUACAUGUAAAGAAUGUGGGAAAGCCUUCAGUGGCAAAUCAAAUCUCACUGAGCAUGAAAAAAUUCAUAUUGGAGAGAAACCCUAUAAGUGUAAUGAAUGUGGAACAAUCUUUAGGCAGAAGCAGUAUCUCAUUAAACAUCACAAUAUUCAUACAGGAGAGAAACCCUAUGAAUGCAAUAAAUGUGGAAAAGCCUUCUCUCGAAUCACAUCACUUAUUGUACAUGUGAGAAUUCACACAGGUGAUAAACCUUACGAAUGUAAAAUCUGUGGGAAAGCCUUCUGUCAAAGCUCAUCUCUUACUGUACAUAUGAGAAGCCAUACGGGUGAGAAGCCCUAUGGUUGUAAUGAAUGUGGGAAAGCCUUUUCUCAGUUCUCAACCCUUGCUCUACAUAUGAGAAUCCACACUGGUGAAAAGCCUUAUCAGUGUAGUGAGUGUGGGAAAGCUUUCAGCCAGAAGUCACACCACAUUCGACACCAGAGAAUUCAUACUCAGUAAGGCUCUAUGAGUGCCGUGGAUUUAGGAAGAAUGACUAUAGGAAAUUGUUCAGCAGCAACUCAAAACCUUAAAAACAGCAUGUUUAAUAAGUAUCACAGUAUAAUGAAAAUCUGUGUACUCAGAACUCCCACAACAAACAUUAUGAAUGCUAUACUUGGAGGCGCAUUCUCAGUGAAGUUAGUUUUCAGUCAUGGAUGGAAGGCCUUCCAACCUGUUCUGGAAGGCCACCAAUGCAUUAAGACAAAGAAAUAGAAGAAUUUGAAAUUAUCAUUUUUGUUAUAUGCUUUGUUACAUGUAUAACUUGUAGAAAUAUCAAAAUUAUGUUGAGGUAGUCAUGGAAAAUUGAGAUUGAGACAGAAUGUUGAAUCCAGAAACACGCAUGGAUUUAUGGGUAAUUUUCAAGUGAUAGAUUUGUAUCCCAGUGGUGGGGAAAUCAUGGAUAAUUAUUAAAAUAGUCUCAGGGUGAUAAUUGACUUCAUAUGGAAAAAUAGAUCUCUUUGAUCUUAUAGUAAGAUAUUGAUUUGUAAUGAAUUCCAUAAGUAUUGAAGGCUAGAAUGCAAAGAAGCAGAACCUAUUAGAAUUUUAGAGAAUGUUUUGUAAACCUUGAAGCAGUAAAAUUGAUUCCAGAAUACCUAGCAGUUUCAUUCAAGUCUAUAUAUUUACCCAAGAAACUGCCAUAUGUACACAGGGAGUCAAGUUGCAGUCUGUUUAUUGCAGCAUGAAAUAUGGUAGCCCACAUUUGGAAACAAAGGUCUGUCCUUUGUGAAAUAGAGUCAUGCAGUCAAAUGCUCCAUCAUUUAGGUACAACAAAUAUUUGUAUUAACAACAAAAGAUAGGGAAAAUAAUGUAGAAUUAGAAGAAUCAUGAAAUGGUUAAUAUGUUGUAGUAACACUUAUGUGAAUUUGAGUAAAAUCAACACUAAACAAGCCUAGUACCAAGCAUUGAUUAUGGAUAAGCACUUUUAUGUAAAGCUAUAAAGAAUGAAUUGAAGGAUACACCCUCAGUUCCCAAAAGUGAUUGCCUGCAGAAAGAAGGGAUGGAAGGGAAAUGGGACCAAGCAUGGCAGUUAAAGGAUACUUCAGUAUACUUGUUUUGUCCCUAAAUACAUGUCUCAUUAAGAAGAAAGGUUCCAAGUUAAUGUAACAAAAUAUUAGUUUCUGGGUUGUGGUUAAAGUAUGCAUUCACUCUAUCAUUUCUGCUAUUUCUUUUGUAAACAUGAAAAUUUAAAAGGUAGCUAGCUGUAGGAGGAAGCUGUACCUGAAGUAGAUAUUACAGUAGUGCCUCUUAUUUACUGGAGAUUGGUUUUAAGACCCCCAGUAGGUAAUCUGAACCUGCAGGUAGUACUGAACCUUAUAUAUAUAAACAAGUAUGCUAUGUGUUUUCCUGUAUACCUACUUACAAAUUAAAGCUAAGGACAGAAAGAGAUGAACAGCAGUAACUUACCAUAGAUAGGGGCAACCUCAGCAUGAUUGCUUUUUCCUUUUCUUAAGUUGAGAGCUUUUAUUUUUUCACUUGAAGGAAGCACUUUACAUCUGCUCUUUGGCAUAUCCAAAUUGCUAGCGGAACCACUGUUGUGCUUCAGGGCUGUUAUUAAGUAAAAUAAAGGUUAUGGAAUUGAUGUUGUAUGGUACUGGUAAGUGACAUGGGCAGGCAGCAUGUACAGUACAGCAUGGAUAUGCUGGUCAAGGGGAUGAUCCCUGUGCUGGGGGAUGAAGCAGGAUUCUGUGUGAUUUCAUCAUGCUACACAAAAUGACACAGUUUAAAAAGUGUAAGGAAUUCUGUAAUUUUCCAUUUAAUAUUUUUGAGCCAGGUGGACCAUACAUAAAACCUAUCAGUGUGAAAGCUAUGGACAGGUACAGGGCAUGUGGGACUACUGCAUAAUGGACUCAUAGUCUCAGUCAGAUGUUAAUAUUUUACAGAAAACAGCCCUUUAUCCAUAGGUUUUGCAUCUCUGGAUUCAACCAAUCAUGGCUAAAAAUAGCCAAAAAUUGCAUCUGAAAUGAACAUGUACUGACCUUUUUUCUCUUGUUCUUAUUCCCUCAACAGUAAGCAACUAUUUACAUAGCAUUCAAAUGUAUUAGGUACUGACAAGCAUUCCAGAGAUAAAGUAUAUGAGAGAAUAUGGCAUCGGUUACAGGCAAAUAGUAUGCCAUUUUAUAUAAAUGACUUGAGCAUCCAUGGAUUGUAGAAUGGAGUGUGUGGAACCAGUUCCCUAUGGUAUCAAGGGAUGACUGUAUUGCUAAAAUCAUAUCUUUACCAAUAAAAUAUGAAAUGAAACAAUAUUUUUAAGUUGGAGAGACAAAUGCAGUUAUUUCUGUUUAUUACCAUUAUGUCACUUCAGAAUACAUGAUUUUGCAACAGGUUGGGUGGAUCACAGAAGUAAGGAUCAUACUGCUGGUGCUGAAUUGGAGAAUUCAUAAUUGAUUUUAUAACCAGUGUUGGCAUUAAGAAAUUGACAUUUUUAAAAUGAGGAAACUGUCACCCAGAAGGUUUUCUAUAAGCUACUGAAUAAAAUGCCAACUCUUGGAUUUUAGCUUCAAUUUUAACCUGCAGACCAUUUUCCUCUACUCUGCCAGAUAUCAAUUGCUACCCCCCCCCUUGUUUGUUUCAUUGUGGGAAAUGGUGCUGAAAAGGUAGAUCUCAGACCUAAACUUUGUUCUCUUCAUGAGAAGUUUUGCCUACUUGAUUCCUUUAAAAAAAUAUAUAUAGAAAGCUAUUAGUACUGUUUUUGAAUAGUGAUUAAAGAUGAAUAUACAGCAUUUAGCCUUAAGAUUGAUUGCAAAUGUAUUAAUUUGUUUUAAACUCAGUAGUGAAAUGUUAAUGUAUGAAUAGCACUGCACUGCUUGUUACUAGCAUGUUUGAAAGUUGCUCUUCAGAUAAGAGUGAAAAAGGCAAGGGAUAAUUUUGUGAGGUAAUAUACUCAAGUAACAACAUAUGAGGCUAAACUAUCCUGUUUUCUUACCUUCCUCAUGUUGAUUUCAUUAGGCAUUUCUUCAUAUUUCUUAAUUGUUCUGCCCAUGAAGCAAUCACCAGACCAAUUAGGAGCUCUACUAGAGACCAAAUUAGAAUGAAAAUCUUUUGGUGCCUUAUGUUGGCCAGGGUCCUGGACCCAGAAACAAGAAUGGUUGUGAUAGUCAAGUGGAAUAAAAUAAGAAAUUGCUAUAUAAUGUUCUGUGAUACUGUAUAUUGUAAAUUUAUUUAGCCACCACCUUUUGAUUCAUUGUUGCUCAUUUGCUACCAUAAAUAAAGCUACAAUAAAUAUCUAUGUAAUUGGCCCUUAAA